AUGAAAGAAAAAGUUUGUCUUAUUUGUCUUGAUGGUUGGGGUAUUUCUCUUAAGGAAAACUCUGCUGGAGACGCUAUUCGUAACGCUAAUACACCUGUUAUGGAUAAAUUUAAGAAAGAAUAUCCAUACACUACUUUGGAAGCCCAUGGUCUUGCGGUUGGUUUACCUGAAGGGCUGAUGGGUAACUCUGAAGUUGGUCACUUGAAUAUUGGUGCCGGACGUGUUGUAUAUCAGGAUAUUGUCAGAAUUGAUUUGAGCGUUAAAAACAAGAAGUUUAAUGAGAUCGAGAAUAUUGUGAAAUGUUUCGAUCGAGCCAAACAAACGAAUGGAAGGAUUCAUUUUCUUGGUUUGGUCUCGGAUGGAGGAGUACAUAGUCACAUCAAUCAUUUGGUUCAUCUAUUGGAAACCGCAAAGAAUCAUGGCGUUCCCAAUGCAUAUGUACAUUUCUUUGGUGAUGGUCGUGAUACCAACCCUCGCUCUUCAGAUAAGUAUCUUGAACAAUUACAAAAGACCAUGGAUGAUCUCAAUUACGGACAAGUUGCUACUAUUAUUGGAAGAUAUUAUGCUAUGGAUAGAGACAAGAGAUGGGAAAGGGUUAAGAUUGCUUUUGAAGCUUUGACACAAGGUAUCGGUGAAAAAUCCCAGGAUCCUAUAAAUAAAAUCCGGGAACGAUUUUCAAAAGAUGAGACUGAUGAAUUCUUGAAACCUAUCAUAGUAAAUGAAGAGGGUAUAAUUAAAGAAAAUGACACCCUCUUCUUUUUCGACUUCCGUGCCGAUCGAAUGCGUCAAAUCGUUCAAACAUUUGGUGUUUCACCACCUCCCUUUGAAACCGAGCAUAUCACAUGCAUGACAAGAUAUAAAACUGAGUUUCCCUUCCCUUUGGCAUUUCCUCCUCAGACAAUGGACAAUGUCUUGGCUGAAUGGCUUGCGAAACAUAAAAUUCCUCAAUGUCAUGUUGCAGAAACGGAAAAGUAUGCACAUGUUACAUUUUUUUUCAAUGGGGGUGUAGAAAAACAGUUUGAAAACGAACAUCGUGAUUUAAUCUCAUCCCCCAAAGUAGCUACAUAUGAUCUUAAGCCAGAAAUGUCUGCCAUGGAAGUAGCAGAAAAAGUAGCAGAAGAAAUAGCAAGUGGCAAAUAUCCAUUUGUUAUGAAUAAUUUUGCUAAUCCUGAUAUGGUUGGACAUACAGGAAUAUAUGAUGCUGCUGUGAAGGCCAUUGAGACAACAGAUAAAGCUAUUGGAAUUAUUUACGAGGCUUGUAAAGCAAAUGGUUACAUUCUAUUUGUUACUUCCGAUCAUGGAAAUGCUGAACAGAUGCAAGAUGAAAAAGGAAACCCUCAUACUGCUCAUACUUGUAAUCCUGUUCCUUUUGUAAUGACAUCGAAUGAUUAUUCAUUUAUGGAAUCAGCUAAAGGGGCUCUCUGCGACGUUUCUCCUACUAUUUUAGAUGUUAUGGGGUUGGAACUUCCAAAAGAGAUGACCGGGUUGUCUUUAUUGAAAAAGUAA